AGGUUGUCUCUUUACAAAAAUGUUCUCGAAAUGCCAGAGUUGCAAGUUACAAAAUUUAUCAAUAUUUUUCUAUAUUAGUAUUCAAAUGACUCAGUUUUAGCAAGAAUUACAAUGAAAUUAGUUUAUAAAAAUGUUGAUAAAGAAGGAGAGGGGACUGUGGCCCUUAUCCCAGAGGAACCAGAAGAUAUGUGGCACGCAUACAAUCUUAUAUCUGAGGGAGAUUGUGUUCGAGGAUCGACAAUACGUAAAGUACAAUCUGAAUCAGCUACAGGAUCAUCAACAUCAAGUCGUGUUCGUACCGUAUUAACGAUUCGCGUCGAAUCAAUUGAUUUCGAUACACAAGCAUGUGUUUUACGAUUAAAAGGGCGAAACAUCGAGGAAAAUCAAUAUGUCAAGAUGGGUGCAUAUCAUACAUUAGAUCUAGAACUAAAUCGUAAAUUCUCCCUACAAAAACCAGAAUGGGAUUCGAUAUCGUUAGAACGUGUAGAUAUGGCUUGCGAUCCAAUGCAAAGUGCAGAUGUGGCAGCUGUCGUAAUGCAAGAAGGUCUAGCACACAUUUGCUUAAUUACAGCCAGCAUGACUAUUGUGCGAGCCAAAAUUGAUGUAACAAUUCCACGUAAACGAAAAGGAAAUGUUCAACAGCACGAAAAGGGUUUGGCUAAAUUUUAUGAGAGUGUAAUGCAAGGAAUAUUAAGGCAUGUAAAUUUUGAUGUGGCAAAAUGUGUUUUAAUUGCUUCGCCUGGAUUUGUUAAGGAUCAAUUUUUUGAUUAUAUGAUGCAAACGGCCGUUAAAUCAGACAAUAAAAUAUUGCUUGAAAAUAAGAGUAAAUUUUUACUUGUUCAUUCGUCUUCGGGAUUUAAGCAUUCACUUAAAGAAGUUUUACAAGAUCCAGCUGUUCUUGCCCGUAUAUCCGAUACAAAAGCAUCAAGUGAGGUGCGAGCUUUAGAGACAUUUUACACCAUGUUACAAACCGAUCCAGCAAAAGCAUUUUAUGGAAAAAAACAUGUGGAGAAGGCAAAUGAAUCACAAGCAAUCGAAACAUUACUUAUUUCGGAUAAUUUAUUUAGGAAUCAAGAUGUUCAAACACGUAAACAGUAUGUGCAAUUAGUUGAUUCAGUUCGAGAAUCUGGUGGGGAAGUUAAGAUCUUUUCGAGUAUGCACGUGUCUGGCGAACAAUUGGAACAAUUAACAGGUGUUGCAGCCAUUUUGCGAUUCCCAAUGCCUGAAAUUGAGGACGAAGAUGAUGAUAGUGAUGAAGAUUAAAAUUGAAAUUUUCUACAUUUAAAUCACCAAAAUUAUAUAUCAAAUGUGUUCCAAAAAAAAAAAAACCGUUCAUAUAAUAUAAUAUGUCCUAAAAUACACUAUUUACUCAAUUGUACCACUUACACACGUUCAUAAUUUUAGUUCCAAACUACCGUGAAUUGAUCUUUUUCGAAGUUCUUUUAUUUACCAUAAAUUUAUUUAACACAAAUUUAUUUUUUAUUUAUGUACAUAAUCAUGUGUAAAUUAUAUGUUGGGAGGAGAUCUGGAACGAAAAAUUAAUUUGAUAGGGGUCUUAAGUCGAUAUGGGCUGUGUUCGUUUAUUUGCUUAACUUUUGUUAUUGGCUUACACAUUGCGAAAAACAGUAUUUUUUAUCUUUAUUUGAUGUUAACCAUUGCAUUAUGGUACUUAUUUUUCGCAAUUGUACGCUAAUCACGAAAAAAAACCAAACAACAAACACGGCCAUGUUGUUUAACAUAUUUAAAUAAGACGUUAAACAAAUAUGGCGGCUUAUAUUUAUUAUUAUAAAUCGUUCGCGUCACAUUUUCUAAAAUAUUUCCAUUUACCGAAUUUGUAAAUUAUAUA